UUAAUUGUAUAUUAAAUAUGGAUCCUCAAUUUUUGUUAAAAGAUGAAGUCGAAUUCGAACUUGCGUGUCGGGGGUAUACUUAUCCAGGCUUAGUUUCAGCUCUUAAAAUUAUCUUAAAAAAAAUGUUAGAAGCUGAAAGCUCAAUGAUAGUCUCUUAUGAAAUAAAGUCACCGCAAGCAUCUAUUACCACCCCGGGGCUAGAACUAGACAUUUGUUCAGACAAAAUAAGCAAUGUUAUGCGUUAUGUCUCAGAGUUAAAAGAAAAGCCAGAUAAACAGUUGUACAAACGUCUAGUUUCUCGUUUGUGUCACAUUGUCAACAGAUUGAAAUUGGCCGCGCCUACGGAAGAGGAAGACAGAGAUAGGCGUAACAUACUAUUAGAUAAGGCCGUUAUAACUUUAAAAGAUUUAGAGGGCAAAGACGACAUACUGGAUGGGGAGGAAAUAACUCCGGAAAUGAAAGAGGCUUUACAUAACUCCAUAGGUGAGGAUAGUAAAAAAAUUUUAAAUCUUUUAAAGGAAGAAAAUAUGAUGACGAAACCUAUGGCAUCUACGUCUAAGGAAUUGCACGGAGUGUUAGUAGAAGAAGAUCAAAUUUUAAAAGAUUCUUUAGAACACAAAAAGGUAUGUUUUGCGCAAGAGGACUUUGAAAGUCCAACUUUUCAUGGCAAAAAGCGAAACUCUAAAUUAUUUAAUUCCACUUCAUUCGAGGAGACUCGACCAGUACGCAAGCUUGUACCUAUAAGUCAAUGGGGUGUCCAUUUUUAUGGUGACAAUAAAUUUAGCGUGAAUGCUUUUAUUGAACGGGUUGAGGAACUUCAGGAGGCUAGGAACGCAACUGAGGAUGAUUUAUGGCGUCAUGCAAUUGAUUUUUUUAAGGAUGAUGCGUUAAUUUGGUUUCGUGCAAAUAGAGAGUUUAUAAGUACUUGGAAUGAGCUGGUAAUCUUGCUUAAACGGACAUUUCAAUCUCCUUACUACCAAGAGGAACUAUUGACCGAAGCAAAAGCUAGAACACAAGGAACCGAAAACGUCAGUUUACUCAUUAGAACCCGAUUUAGCUUAUAAAUUGAGCAGAAAUUCUAUGACUAACAAUGACUUAGUUAAUGAAAUAAAAACCACCAAUAAAAGUAGUGUGAACAUGCGGUGCUGGAAUUGUCGUGAAUCUGGUCAUUUAUUCAGAUCUUGCACCAUGCCAAAACAGCGUAUAUUUUGUUAUCGUUGUGGUCAUUUUGGCGUAACUGCAAAAGAUUGUACCUGCAAGGGAAACGCCAAAGAGGAGGGUUUGAAACCUGCCAACUGAACCUCUCCUCUAAAACUAAUAAAGUGUGGCAGAACUGGCUAAAUUUUAUUCGUAUCGUCAUGUCCAAGAAAGCACUUUCACCCUUAACCCUCAAGAAAGAAAAUGAUAACAGGCCAUACAUACAAAUAAACAUUUUAAAUUAUAAUUGUUACGGAUUAUUAGAUACAGGUGCCACUUGUUCAGUCAUAAAUAGUGAAUUCGCAAGAACUUUGAAGCACUUGGGGGUUAAAAUACAGAAAAUAAAAUCUAUGGAUAUUGCAACUGCAGAUGGUGCCAGUUAUUCUGUAACUGAAGGUUUUGAUGUUCCGGUAAGUUUUAAUGAUCAGUUUCACUAUAUCACUAUGCUUCUUAUGCCUAAUUUGUCACAGAAAUUGAUAUUAGGUAAAGACUUUUUUGACAUUUUUGAAAUUUCCUUUAAAUUUAAAGGAGUGUUGGUAAAAGAAUUAUCAGAAGUCAACAACAUUGAAGAUAAAGCAACGCAUUUAACAAGUAAAGAAGAUUUAGAUGAAAGUCAACAACAACAACUAACUGAUAUUAUUGAAGAAAUACGGAAAUGUAUAGGUACAGGUUUAGGUAGAACUAAAAUUAUUAAGCACACUAUAGAUACAGGGAACAGUAAACCAAUAUAUCAGAAACAGUAUGUUUUUUUCUCCGGUCAUUAAGAAAGAAAUCGAAAGCGAAUUAGAUGAAAUGUUAGAAAAAGAUGUGGUUGAACCGUCUCACAGUCCAUGGUGUUCACCGGUGGUACUUGUUAAAAAAGCUAAUGGUAACAACAGACUUUGUUUAGACAGUCGUCAGCUAAAUAAAGUUACAAAAAGGGACACAUACCCACUUCCAAGAAUAUCUAGCAUUAUCGAUAAUUUACGUAAUGCAAAAUACCUUAGCACUUUUGACUUAAAAUCCGCCUUUUGGCAAAUUGAACUUGAGGAAACUAGCAAAGAAAAGACCGCAUUUGCAAUUCCAGGUAGAGGCCUUUUUCAUUUCAAAGUGAUGCCAUUUGGCUUAGUAAAUGCGUCACAAUCGCAACAACGGUUAAUGGACAUAUUAUUUCACGCCUUAGAGGGUAAAGUGUGGUCUUACCUUGAUGAUAUCGUGGUCUGCUCUAAAACCUUUCAAGAACACCUAGAAAUCCUGAGACAGGUAAUGAAUAUUCUGGAAGAAGCUGGAUUAACAAUAAAUGUUGAGAAAUGUAAAUUUGCAAGGCCGAGUUUACGAUUUUUAGGUUACAUCAUAGAUGAAGAUGGUCUGCGCACUGAUCCCGAAAAAGUUUCGGCAAUCAUGAACUUUCCAAGACCUAAAAAUAUUUCUGAAUUACGAAGGUUCAUCGGAAUCGCUAGUUGGUAUCGGAGAUUCGUUAAAAAUUUUUCACAAAUUGCUGCUCCACUUCAUGAUUUGACAAAAGGUAAGAAAAACAAAAAGUUUGUCUGGACAGAUGAGACAGAAAAAGCAUUUCUUAAAUUAAAAACAUUGCUCACUACAACACCGGUCAUCUC